AUGAAGUCAAUCAUCAUUGCUAUUCUCUUCCUUGUAGCUUUGGCUGCUGCAAGAAAGCUUUCACCAGAAGAAAUCCAAUUCAGAGAUUUCCAAGUCAAAUAUAACAAGGUUUAUGGAUCACAUGAAUUCUCACAAAAGUUUGUUACUUUCAAGGACAACUUGAACAGAAUUGAUACACUCAAUGCCAACGCUGCUGCCUCUGGCUCUGAUACCAAGUUUGGUGUCAAUGAAUUUGCUGAUCUCUCUGUCCAAGAGUUCCGUAAGUUCUACAUGAACGCCGUCCCAGCCUCUGUCCCAUCCGACGCUCAAGUUGCUGGUGACUACUCUGACGAAACCCUCGCCUCCAUCCCAUCGUCAUUCGAUUGGAGAACCAAGGGUGCCGUCACCCCAGUCAAGAACCAAGGUCAAUGUGGUUCGUGUUGGUCAUUCUCAACCACCGGAAACGUCGAAGGACAAUGGUUCCUUGCCGGCAACACCCUCACCGGUCUCUCUGAACAAAACCUCGUCGACUGUGACCAUCACUGCAUGACCUACGACGGUCAACAAUCAUGUGAUGACGGAUGCAACGGUGGUCUCCAACCAAACGCCUUCCAAUACAUCAUCGGCAACGGUGGUAUCGAUACCGAAACCUCAUACCCAUACUUGGCUGUCGCUCAAGACAAGUGUCAAUUCAAGGCCUCCAACAUUGGUGCCAAGAUCUCCAACUGGCAAAUGCUCUCCACCAACGAAACCCAAAUCGCUGCUUACCUCGCUCUCAACGGUCCAGUCUCUAUCGCUGCUGAUGCUGCUGAAUGGCAAUUCUACAUUGGAGGUGUCUUUGACCUUCCAUGCGGAAAGGCUUUGGACCAUGGUAUCCUCAUCGUCGGUUAUGACACUGAAACCAACAUCUUUGGUCAUGCUAAGCCAUACUGGUGGGUUAAGAACUCCUGGGGUGCUUCAUGGGGUGAACAAGGUUACUUGAAGGUUCUCCGUGGUGCUGGUGAAUGUGGUUUGAACACCUUUGUCUCCACCUCGUGCGUUGGUGACUGUCCAGCUGCUUUCUAA